UUUUCCUUUGAACGCUGAUAUUCAAAAUAGUUUUCUACAGAAGCAUAGUUCCCUUGUUGCAUCAUCACUCCACCCCACUCUCUCUUUCAUUUAAGUAAAGGGGAAACAACCAGCAAUUGUUUAUGCAAAGACGUUGUUGGGAGCUUUGAUAACACACUUGCAGGAAGGACAGACAGAAAGGACUAAAAAUGGCGGUCAAUAGUGUGGGACAGUUGGACAACUCAACGCAGACAGUCUUAUCAGACAUUGAAAUCUUCAAUAUAUUCAUAUACUUUGUCGUCUUUGUUCUGGGUAUUGUUGGAAACGGGCUUGUCAUAUAUGUGACUGGCUACAAAAUGAAGACGACCGUCAACUCCAUUUGGUUUCUCAACUUGGCGAUUGCAGACUUCAUCUUCAUCUUAAUCAUCAUCCUCUACAUUGUUACUGCCUUUAGCAAGGUUUGGCUCUUUGGUGACUUAAUGUGCAAGUUUGUCUCCUUCGUGACUGUGCUAAACAUGUUUGCCAGCAUUUUUUUGCUCACAGCUAUCAGUCUGGAUCGAUGUAUAUCCACCUGGGUGAUUGUUUGGGCUCAAAACAAACGUACUCUGGUCAAAGCAAGGAUCAUCUGUUCACUCAUGUGGGUUUUAUCCAUUGGCUGCAGCAUCCCGUUUGUUUUGUGCCGCUCAGGAGAGAAAAAUCAAUGUGCCUAUAUAUGCGCUGCAAACAUCUUAAAGUCUCUGUUCAUAUACAGGUUUAUAGUGGGCUUUCUCAUCCCCUUCCUGAUCAUUGCAUCUUCAUACAUUGCUAUCGGAGUGCGAGCCAAACGUCUCAAAAGAGGAAAGAAACUUAAACCUUUCCGGGUCGUUAUAUCUGUGAUCCUGGCAUUUUUCAUAUGCUGGUUUCCUUUUCAUGUUCAACAGCUGUCUUUCAUAGUUGCAAAUAUAAAUGGGUGGAGUGACAUUGAAAACGUAUUCAAUAAAAUAGGACCAUUUGUUAACUGCCUGGUUCAUCUCAACAGCUGUCUGAACCCCAUUCUCUAUGUGUUCAUGUGUGAGGAGUUUAAGAAGAAGCUCAAAGAGUCUCUGCUGCUGGUGCUGGAGACGGCUUUUGCAGAAGAACAUCUGCCUUUCCGAACAUCUCGCCCUUCCACAUGUUCACACCUCUCAGAAUCACAAGGUCUCAAGCAUACUAAUGAAACAACCGUGUCAUCAUGCAGCAGCAGUCAGGACAACAAUACAUGCUGUUAGAAAAUCAGUCUCAGAGAUAUUCAUUCAUUAUGUCGGAUUGAAGUGAUCAGAUAAAAUCACAUUAACAAGUUCUCAACAUCGCUGCCUUGAUGCCUGCCAUCUCAUACCAGAGGUUCAAAGCCAAUUUGUGUUAAAAACAAUUUAAAGUUUGUUUUAAAUGUUGCAAUUUAUGUGCCAUCAGUCUCAUCAUACUAAACUAAAAAAAAAGAAGACUUUUCAUUGUUGACUUUCACAUGCCCUCAUUUUCCAUUCGCUGGACAAACUGAUAGCCCCUAUGAUGAUUUAUUUUAUACUUGUCUUUGUUUAUUAAACCGGCUUUGUGGAAAUAGUUUAAGAUUUAAAAAUAUUUUCAACAUAUAUUUUUCUGUUUUGUAUAUUCUUUUCAUUGACUUGUUUGACACAACCUUUUAGCCACAUUGUAAUACUGUCAAUUUAGUGCUUAUAUUUUGUAAUGUUUAAUUAAUCACCAAAACUGAAGAUCUGUCUGAAACAUUAUGUAAUCUGUAAUCUUUUUUUUUUUAUAAAUACAGUUUUUAUGCUA